GUGUUGCGCAAGGUGUUGCGUGUUGCGAGUUGGUGUGAGGCGGUGUUUGAGAGAAUUGCCACUUGUCUAUGUUAUUGCAGAAUAAGCUUAGCUCGGUCAUAAGUGCUUUUUAGUUCAAAAAUCGUUGUUUACAUUAGGGCCUCACUAUGCCCGAGUACCACUACGACCAGCUGGGAACGGUGGCCGAGCUGUACCCGCUGCACAAGGCAGUGCUGACGUUCCAGCUGAACGGACGCGGCCCCGAGCAGCGCGCCCUCCUCUGGGGACGCCGGUUCGUCUGCCCCAACGGCCUGCCGCUGGCCGAAGACGAGUCCAUUGAUGGCGUGCUCUGCAUCAACGACCAGGUGCUCUUUGACUGUCAUAUAUACGACAACGAAAACAACCAGGACCGGUGUGGCUGGUACGUGGCGCGCGCCGAGUCGGCGCGCCGGCCCGAGCAGCUGAGCUCGGUGGUCUCCAACGCCAUGGGCACGGUGGUGGAGGUGGGCCCGCGGCGGGCGUUCGUCGAGUUCCGCCAGCCGGGCCGCGUCGAGUUGCAGCGCGCCGUGUUCGUGGCGGCGCGCUUCUUUGACCACGGCGGCCGGCUGCCGGCCGGCACCAGCCUGCGCAGCUGCGUGUACGAGGACCAGAAGCUGCACCUGGACGCGCAGCACCGGCCCGGCCAGCUGCAGGGCGCCUCCUGGUACGCGUGGCUGGCGUGGCGCGGCCAGCGGCCCGAGGUGGAGCUGGACCGCGAGCCGCCGGCCGAGGUGCUGGCCGGAGAGGAGGAGCCGCCCACCCAGCGGCCCACCGCCACGCUGGCCGACAACCUGCUGCCGGCGCUCAGCUCGGCCGAGAGCCGCGCGCAGGCGCAGCGCCGACACCAGGUCGGUCCGCCGCGCCGGCCUCCUCCCCCUCCCCCCACCCCUAGUCAGGACAGGCGUGUGUGUCUCUCACUAUCAGUCUCUCUCCAGGACAAGUGGGGAUACGUGUGUGUCUCACCCCCCCCCCUCCCCCGGUUCCCCCCCCCCCCCCCAGGACAAGUGGGGGUACGUGUCGUCGCUGCUGGAUGCCGAGUACGGAGUGCUGCUCUGGCAGGUGGCGCCGCGACAGUACCAGAGCGUGCUCUUCCACCGCAGCGCCGCACACCUCUUCGACCUCAACCUGAAAAACUACGACCUCAGAACCGUCUUCAAAAAGGGAGACCAUCUCCGCUUUGAGGCCGAGAAGGCGGAGCCUUCGGAGCCUUACAAGUGGAAAGCGUACAGUGUUUGGCUGGAGGAGGCGUAAGUGCGACCGCGGGGACAUCUGUCGGCGAGCGGGUAAAGUGGUGGUUCCGUACCGGGGCUGUGGCGGUGCUGAGGUAGCGUGUUUCUCAUCAGUUGGGCUCCGAAGUGCCGUUCGUGCUGUAAGGAUAUUGACCUGGCUGUGCUGUGGUGAGGGCGACGUACGUCAGUCAGCGUCGCCUUUAUCACAUAUUCUAGAGACCACGUAUGUAGUUAGGGCUGAUCCCGAUAGGUGACCCCCUACAAAGUUCGCGGGAAACUGCCUAUGUAGUUAGUUCAGUCCGUUCUUCGUCUCGUGCACCGCCUGGAUGUUGUGCUCCGUUGGGUCGUUUUAUUGCUGUGAGCUGGAGCGGAGCUGCUCCUCUAAACGUACAGCGGGACACGAUUGAUUUAUCCGCUACUUAGCUUUCCAAGAAGGGCAUUGCAGAUGUUUUCUUUCCCACUUCGUACCCCAGAUAUGGUUAGAUGUAUAAGCCGGCUGAAGACAGCUGAAAGGGUCCACUUCAUUGCAUAUCGCUCUCUCAGUCUCACUAUGCUUCCUUUGCCUUAUCGAUCAUAUCAUUGAAAUGAUUUUUGUCGCAGGUGUGAAAUAUAGCCAAGCUGCAACAUUGUUAUUA